AUGGUUGCUACAGUUAUAGCCGGGAAGCGACAACGACGAAAACGUGCGGAUAGUAUAGCCCAUACAUUUGCAAACGUUAUAUAUCUUGAACGUGUGACACCAAGAGGACAAACUAUCAUUCCUAUGGUUUUUCGUGAGGUCUCCCAAAUUGUAGACUGGGCUGACAGCGAUGUGAGUAAACGAACGAAUGAUAUCUUGAAGUUAGGAGGCUUCAACCUGGAGGAGUUGGAUGUUUUUGUUGCGGAGGAGCUAAUUGAUGGUACACUUGGUACCGCAUCCCAGCAAGCAGUGUCAGACAUAUGUAAAUAUACCAUGGAUUUGGGGGUAAGAAUUGGAAGGCUUGAGGUUGUUGCCGAGCGAAUGGAAAAAAAGUUUGAUACUUUUGCAUCACACUGCACAAAAUCUUUGUUUGUGCUGGAGAAACGUCUGGGUGAGAUUGGACAGAUUGUGUCCCAAUUUGUUGAUACAUCGGCGCCUGGGAAGGAUGUCCCACAUGACAUGGGGGGAAAUAAAGAAGAAGCUGAAAUUGAUCUCACGCAUCAACAAGCCAUGUCAUUGCAUGAACAAACCAUGUCAGGCAGCAUCAAAUGCAGUCAGGGUGCAAGUGUAACUACAAAAAAUCAGAAGUUUAGUCGCCUCCCACUACCUGAUUUUACAAAGACUACAAAG